AUGCGGAUCGCCUCUAUCCUUCUUCUUCUUCUGAGCCUCCUCUUUCGGGACUGUACGGGGAGGUCCACCUUCUACCGACCACCGGGCUCCGGUCCCGCCGGAGACUUCCGAGACAACCCCCAGUAUACGUUGGGCGAGAUAGUAAAACUCCAAUGGGAGACUGACGACCCUUCCAUUGACUUAUACCUCGUUCAAAAGUUACCUGAGGACGAGGUCGCUGCCCUUUUGUUUGUAGACGAAUCUCACACGCCCUUUGGCUGGGCUUGGAACGUCUCCCUCCAUACCUUUCCGUCCUGGCAUAGCCCGGAUCUGAGUAACGUGUACUAUCUGCACUUGCAGGCCACUCUGCCUCGCCGCGUCAUCAGUCUCGUCGUCGGCCUCACCAUCAUCUUCGACAUUGUGGACAUCCGUUGCAUCACCGACUACAACGCCGAGCGCAACGAGCACAUCAGAGCUGGACCGUGA